AUGGGUCUGAUCAAGAAGCUCCGCAAGGCCAAGCAGGAGGCCAAGCCCAACGAGAAGCCCGACCUUGUCAAGACUCACCUCCGUGACAUGAUCGUUGUCCCCGAGAUGAUCGGCUCCGUUGUCGGUGUCUACUCCGGUAAGGAGUUCAACCAGGUCGAGAUCAAGGCCGAGAUGGUCGGUCACUACCUUGGUGAAUUCUCUAUCUCAUAG